AGUUUAAUUUUUUAUUACAACGACAGAGAUACAAAAAAUGCAAUAUUACAUUUUUGUUAGGUAGGGUUGGAGCAAGACGUACCAGCAUACGAAGACAAGCUACUCUACGCAAAAACCAGUCGUGCCGCCGUGUGCAUUUCAGUAUACCUAUAUAUACAUCAGCCGAGAGUCUCACUCAGACUCUCCUGAGACUCCAGUGCGGUUCGGUGGCGGUGCUGGCGUGCUCGAGACUUCGACGACGACGGCGAGUAAAGUGCCGAGCCGCUGACUAACCGUGCACGGGGCAAAUACGGGAGUAGUGCAGUAGGCACGGGAGAGUGGAGUCGGUAUACGGUAGUCGGACCGUCGGAUGUGCCUCUGCUUCCUGCUUGGCUAUAUACAUAUACUUACUCGACUCGCGUGUUUUGUUUUACACUUCGCUCUCCCGUGCUCGACUCUAUACUUAUUCUUAUACAUAUACUCUUUCUUUCACUGCCGAAAGAAUGACGUGCGACUGAGGAAAUCGCCAUUGCCUUAUUAAUCGGUUCGCCGCGAACGGACGAGCAAGUAUGGCUGAAGGAGAAAAGUCGAAUAUAGUAAGGCCAAAGGAAAAAAACGAGCCCUCCAGUUUUUUUAAUGCUGAACCAGCAGCUGCAGCCACUCUUUUGGAGGUGGUCAACGUGACGUCUUUGGCAAAUAUUUUCGACACUGCUUUCACGUCCACAGCUGAUCCAGUUGUACAUCCUCGCUAUCCCGCAGGAACUGAAAUGGACUGUGAGCAUUUAUUCGCAGAUGCUGCUGGCAUCGAGGAGGGAGACACUGUUGCUGUGCAGGCGCAUCCUUGCCCUGUUCAUCGACACCCAUCAACUCCUCACGAUUACGUCUACAAGCCUUAUUUUCCUACUCCACUUAUGAAUUCCUCACACUAUGGCCUGCCAGAAUCGGUGAAUUGCAAUGAUUGCAAAACCAAACAGGAGGAGAAAUCUUCUGCAGUUUCUCAGUCAAAGCCCAGUAUAGCGUGCAGACUGAAAAGGCCAGUUUGUUCAGACAAGGAUACCUUAAAAAAAUCUGAAAGGAAAUGUGUGAAACCAAAGCGUACAAGAGUGUUGACUGCACCUGAAGCAGACAAUUGCAGUACAGCUGGACCAUCUAGAUUAAUCGAUCACCCUGUAGAUUAUAGCAUAAGUAAAUCAGAGAGUCCUGAACAGGAUAAUCGGAGUCUAGAAGAUUGCAAAGUUGUCCCAAAGAGUACCCAAACCAUUAAUUCUUCAGGUGCAAGUCCUAAUCAAAAUGAUGAACCAACGUCUCCAGAUCUUCUACUUGACUGGAUGUCUAGUGAUAGUAGUAGUAGUGAUAGUGAAGAUGAAGAUAGUUCAAUCGAAGUAGUUGGUACAGUCAAUCCCAUUGAAAUGCAAAGUACACCAAACACCAAUACACCAAGUUCCGAACAAAGUCAACCUAUUUCUGUAGUAGAUUUAACAACAGAGUCAGAUGAUGAACGUAAUGGUAAUAGUAAUCCAGUAAAUGAACCAAAUCGACCGCCUAUAAAUAGUCGACCUAGAAUUAAUAGGCAUUGCUUCCUUCAUCAUCCACAUUCGAGGUCACGUUCGUGUGUCAUGGAUAUAGCUUCAAGAAUGAAUAAUAGAAUGCAUCCCAGAAUGCACAAUUUAUGGAUGAUACAACAACGUAUACAAGAGCAACGCAGGCUUCAUAUGCGUCGUGAUGCCCACAAUGUACAAAGAAUGUAUAGGCACCAUAGAUUUGUAAAUCCUCCACCAAUGAAUAUUAAUCCUUCUGCUCCUGCGCCGUGUAACGGCAAUUGCACGAAUUGUACGAAUGGUUAUGUAUUUAUUCGUGAUCCAAGAUCGAAUCUAUCAUCAAUUCCACCACCUCAGCAGCCCAUGGUGUACAGUCAUCCAGAAGGUGGACCUACCAGAAAUUCUCCUAAUUUUGGAAUGAAUAUUGCGCAUAACCAACACUCCUAUGAGAUGCCUUAUUAUUAUAAUCAAGCAUCAAGAAUGCCCCUACCUCCGGGCAUGAUUUCGCGGCCCCUACCUUUUUCUUCUACACCUACGAUGACUCACCAGGAUGCGUACAUACGCUUUGCUGAUUUUCGGCGCAUUGAGUGUACAUUACGAGGUGGAGCUACACAAGAGUCAAUUGAAAGUCAUACAUUCCCACACACAUAUAAGAGGGUGAAGGAUGUAGAAAAUAAAGAAGAUACCAUUGAAAAGUGCACAAUUUGCCUUUCCGAGUUUGAAGAAAAUGAAAAUGUUCGGAGGCUUCCGUGUAUGCAUUUAUUCCACAUAGAUUGUGUUGACCAGUGGUUAUCUACCAAUAGUUGCUGUCCCAUUUGUCGCGUGGACAUCGAGACCUACGUUUACAAAGAGCUUUCACUUCUUACAUAGUUCUUCAACAAUCGAGAAAGUUUGUUCGUUUUAUGAUUUUAUUUUGCAAAUGCGAUCAUUUAUAAAUUAGGAUUACAAACGACUGAGGUAUUUUCUAAACACGUUCACUGGACAUAAUUAUAAGAGUAAUGAAGAAAAGUGGAUUUCCAGAGUGAUUUUUAAACAAGAAGACUAUUAAAAAAAAAGACGCGCGUAAAAAUACUAAAAAUUGUUUUUUCUUAAAAUGUUUCACGAUAUUUUUUUAAGUUUGAAUUUUACUUUUAAUAUAUGUAUAAAUUACACGUGAAUUUUUGGUAAAAGGUUGUGCGGCUUUUAAGUGCACUUUAUUUCAAAUGACUAAAAAAAUAAUGGUGCUACGCAAUGUAAGAAAAAAAUGACUGUUGGUUCUCAUAAAGGGGAUUGUGAUGUGCUAAGCUAUUUGUAAUAUCUAUUUUUUCUAAGCUAAGCUUAUGUUUAGGAUAAUGAAUAAAAAAGAACUUCGAUAAAGGCA